UGGUCUUGUGUUCUUCUUAACUUGCUAGUUCUCAGCCUCCUCAUGCCUCCGUCUCCUUUAGACGACAGGGUAGUAGUGGCACUUUCAAGGCCAGUGAGACCUCAGGAUCUCAACCUCUGUUUAGACUCUAGCUGUCUUGAAUCUGCCUCUUCUGCUGGUGAGAGCCACUCCAGUCUGCUCAGUGCAGCUGUUGUGUCCCUAAAGACUGCUAAUCUCACGUAUAUGCCCUCAUCUAACGGCUCUGCACGCUCCCUGAGUUGUGGAUGCAGCAGUGCCAGUUGCUGCACUGUGGCAACAUACGACAAGGACACUCAGGCCCAAACUCAAGCGAGCACCAGCAGCACCCACGCCGGAGCCUCCACCACCUGCCCUACCACCCAAAUGGUCAACAGCAAUGAGAACGCCGGCAGCCUGAGCCCACUGGGUGGAGUGGGGAGCCCUGUCUCGGGCACCACCAGGCAACUUGCUAGCAUCAAAAUCAUUUACCCCAAUGAUCUGGCGAAGAAGAUGACCAAAUGCAGCAAGAGCCACCAACAGAACCAAGGGCCUGUCAUCAUUGACUGCAGGCCCUUCAUGGAGUAUAAUAAGAGUCACAUUCAAGGGGCUGUCCACAUCAACUGUUCUGACAAGAUCAGCCGGAGAAGGCUCCAGCAGGGCAAGAUCACUGUCUUGGACUUGAUCUCCUGUCGGGAAGGCAAGGACUCCUUCAAAAGAAUCUUUUCCAAAGAAAUCGUAGUUUAUGAUGAGAAUACCAAUGAGCCAAGCAGAGUAAUGCCUUCCCAGCCACUCCACAUAGUGCUGGAGUCACUCAAGCGAGAAGGCAAGGAGCCCCUAGUCCUGAAAGGAGGACUCAGCGGUUUCAAGCAGAACCAUGAAAACCUCUGCGAUAACUCCCUCCAGCUGCAAGAGUGCCCGGAGGGGGGAGGUGGCGCCUCUGCUGUGCCCCCCAUGCUACCUCAGUCCAUCCCUACCACACCAGACAUCGAGAAUGCUGAGCUCACCCCCAUCCUGCCCUUCCUCUUCCUCGGAAAUGAGCAUGAUGCUCAGGACUUGGAGAAAAUGCAGAGGAUGAACAUAGGCUACGUAAUCAAUGUGACUACCCACCUGCCCCUGUACCAUUAUGAGAAAGGCAUAUUCAACUACAAGCGGCUCCCGGCCACAGACAGCAACAAGCAGAAUCUCAGGCAGUAUUUUGAAGAGGCUUUUGAAUUCAUUGAGGAAGCUCAUCAGUGUGGAAAAGGUCUCCUCAUCCACUGUCAGGCCGGUGUCUCCCGAUCUGCCACCAUAGUUAUUGCAUACUUAAUGAAGCACACACGCAUGACCAUGACGGAUGCCUAUAAAUUUGUAAAAGGCAAACGACCAAUCAUUUCCCCUAACCUUAACUUUAUGGGGCAAUUACUGGAGUUCGAAGAAGAUCUAAACAACGGUGUCACACCGCGAAUCCUCACACCAAAGUUGAUCGGCGUAGAGACCGUCGUGUGAUGGUGGAGCUGCGAGGAGGCAGUUAGUGAAGGGGCUAACCUAGUGAUGAGUGGGCUGUGGGUUUUUCUUUUUAACUUUCAAGGGGAGUUUUGUGGCAAAAUUUUUGUGAAUAAAAACCUUUUUUUUUUUUUUGUGCAAGGAAAGGUUUUUAAAAGAUCCAAGAACUUUGCUGGGUUUGGGAUGCUGUUGUGAUAUCCUUCUCAGACACUGGCAGAACAGGGAGGCUUUGGAGCAAAAGGAGUACUUUUUAAAAUCAAAACAAGAAGAAAUAUUUUGCUUUUUUUCUUUUUAUUUUUUUCCCGUCCUCUCCAGUUACUUGUAGAGUUUAUGGCUAAGUAGUCUGUGCAGGUUCAUAGACUGAAGAAACCUAAGUUGGAGAUGAAACACAAACAGCAAAAACAAAGAAAAGAAAGCCCUCCCUGAAACAUAAGGGCCUUCAUUCUGCAAAGGCUUUGCUAAAGAUAACCUAGCAAAAUGCUCACCAAUGCAAAGGAAGUCAGGGCAGCUUAAAAAGUCUACAAGGCACUUCUCACACCCCUGACUCAAACUAAAGAAGAAAACUAAAAUUUAUUGAUGUGUUUCAUGUUCCAGUUCUAUUUUUCUAUUUUGGGGUGUAAGGUUUUAACAGUAAGGGACUUCGAUCAUUCUAUGCCAUAUGCCUUCACUGGCUUCUUGUGCAAUAAUAAUUUGGGGUUUGUUUUGUGUGUUCAAACUGAUUAGAGUUGGCUGCCCACUAAUAAUAGGGUAAUAAUUUUUAAAGUUUAAUAGUGCAAUGGCAGCUGGCUUGGUUCAGAAAGGAUAAGUGAGAGCAAUUAAUUUGUUCCUUUAUAUGACUUUGAUCCUGGUUACAGUGCCAUAAACCUUGUUAUGUAUGUAUAUCAGAAUGUACAAAAACUGAGAAUGAGCAAAGUUUAUUUAAAAAUAUUUUUCGCACAAAAUAUUGGUGUGUUUCAGUUGUUUAUGUAAAAAAUUUGAUUAUAAACCAAAAAAAUCUUUUGGAAAA